GGGGAUCGGAAUUCAUUCUCUCUAAACUCCCUUGUAAAAGCACCCGUGCAUUCUCUAUUAUAAUAUAACUUGGGCUACAGGUGUUCCACCUAAAGUCUUACCGGUCAAUUUGUGUGUUUUUACCUUCUUUACUUUACCAAAUCAAGCCAACUAUUCUAGACCCGGUCCAGUAUAGUUUGACCGGUCAUGUAAUUUACACCAUCAUUUUUGGCGCCAUCCGUGGGACCGUUAAGGUUUCUUCUCUUCUAAACACAAGCCUACCCACAAAAAACACCACUCAAAAUGUCUUCCAGUCAGCAAAUCAACACUACUUCCACUCAGGUGCAAGCCACCACCGAGGGUACCAGCAUCCCCAUCGCUGCUAUCCUACCAGCCAUUUCUGCUCCGGCGAUAUCGUUGGGAUUGAGCUCAAUCCCAACCCCGAGCGUGGUCGCCCCGUUCGCAAUCCCAGCUCCUUCGGCUGGACCGAGGGUCACAUUCCCACCAAGCAUGACUCAGUUCAUGAAUGACCCAGCCAACCUACAAGCCAUCCACGGCUUUGGCCAGACGCCGGUGCCGCAGUCAUCACCUUUCCAGCCGCAGCUGGUCAGCACCAUGGCACCUGUCAACUUGACUGGUGCGCUUAACGCCGCAGGGCCAUCGCGUCCCCAGCAAGGUACGAAUCCACAAAUCACCCCCGAUGGUCACUGCGUCUCAGUGGAGAGCGGAGACGACGAGUGGGACAUUCCAAGGGCCCACAAGAAAAAGAAGGGAAAAACCAUCCGACCAGCCACUUCCCGAAACUCCGCCUUCGAAAGGCUGGGGGACAGGGAAGAAGGUCAGAGAAAAUCAGCCAAGCUGAGGCUGGGGCAAAGUGUCGCCCAUGUCAGCGCAUUCGCCCGGUUAGGCGAGGUGAGGGAGGCUGAGCCUGCCCGCACCCAACGCUCCCGGUCUAACCGGCAGGAGCCAGCCAGGACGAAGGCCUCUCGUCAGGAAGAGGAAGCAGAAAGCCAGCCUAGGGUGCCGGUGGCUAACCGGUUAACCGUCCCGAACGACCGCGUCCAACAGAUGGAGGCGAAGUUGGAGAGGCUGGAAAAGAAGGUGGGGGAAAAGAACGACCGAGACAAACCCCUUGCUGGGUCCCUGUUCACCACACGGGUCCAUCUGACACCUUUCCCGCGAAAGGUCAAGAUCGACGCCCCUAGGUUCACCGGGAAGGAGGAUCCAGAAAUCCAUCUAGAUUCUUUCAAUAAGAGUGCAACCAUGAAUGGUUGUACAGAUGAAGAAAAGUGCCUCCUUUUCUUCCAGACCUUGCGAAAUCGAGCCACUGAAUGGUUCAACAAGCUUCGCCCAGGGAGCAUCGAUUCGUUCAGCGACUUGGCCUCGAAGUUCAAGGCCAAGUUCCAGGAGAACUGUACUAAGAGGAAGAAAUUCACCUAUCUUAGAGUUCUGCCGGAAACCCCUGGCCACGUAUCAGGAGGCCUACCACACUGCAUGGGAGUUUGCUGAGGCUGAAACCCAACUCCGGGCGAAGAAGGAAGCCGAGCAUGGGUUCAAGCCCAAG